AUGAUCAAGCUUGUCGAUAAACACCCAGAGCUUGGGGUGGUCCGGGAUGCAGACUGCCUCGAUACGAUUGGGGCUAUUGGCAUCGGCCGAGUGUUUGAGGACGGCUAUGCCAAGACGACGAGAUCGCUCGGAGGCACUUUGAAGCACUUUGAUGAGAAGCUCCUGCAUCUGGUGCCGCUCAUGAAGACGCGGGACGGCCGAAAAAUGGCCGAGAAGCGGACGAAGCGCCUGCGCCAGUUUAAGCAGUGGUGUGACGAAGAAAACGAAAUCACUAUACCCGUGCCUCGCGAAUAA